AUGGUGUCUCUUCUGAUAACCUCGACCGUGGUUUCGCUUUCUCUGUCUGUACACGGGUGGCCGCAAGUACGUAAUGAAUCAAGGUUCUUUGGGGAGGAGAUUCGCGCGGAAAACAUCGUCGCGGCCAUGCCGUCCAGGGAGCUGCCUGUUGUAGGCGAGACCCUGUCCGUGGGAACGCUACCGGUGCCUCAGCUUUCGCAACGUCACGACGCAGCUGGGAGUCUUGAGGCCACACAAGACGGCCAAGACUCAUCCUUCAACUCGUUCCAGCAAGAUCCCAAGCAAGGGCCUCCCGACGGCGACAUCUCGCCGGGCCACCUGACGCUUCCUGUCCUCCAUGUCGAGAGACGCUUGGAUAAGAGAGACGUCGAGGUCCGGCUUGAGAACCGCUCAGACGUCGCCUACUAUGUCCAACUCUUUGCGCAACUCGACACGGGGUCGUUCGAGCUCUGGGUCAACCCGGACUGCACGAAUCUCCCCGCAUCCGCGGACAACCGGUUCUGCCAGGCCGUCGGGCAAUACAACCCCCUCCAGUCCUCGUCGUCGAAAGGAAGCAACCUGAGUACGGAGCUCCGGUACGGCAUCGGCUCCGCCCAAGUCACCUACUUCCUCGACGACAUUGCGCUCGUCAACUCGCGGCAGAUGAAGCAGGUGCAGUUCGGCGUGGCGCAAUCCACCAAGGACCAGUUCUCGGGCAUCCUGGGCAUCGGGCACGGCGUCGGCAUUAACACGGGCUACAAGAACUUUGUCGACCAGCUCGCAGACCAGGGCAUCACCAAGACCAAGGCCUACAGCGUCGCGCUGGGCAGCAAGGCCGACCGAGCCGGCGUCGUCGUCAUGGGCGGCGUCGACACGGCCAAGUUCUCGGGCAGGCUGGCGCCGCUGCCGCUGAUCCCCGGCAACAAGUCCCCCGACGGCGUGACGCGCUUCUGGAUAAAUCUGACGUCGGUCCAGCACACACCCGAGUCCGGGAGGACGGCCGACCUGACGGGCGCCACCAUGCCCGUCUUCAUGGACACGGGCGCCACCCUCACGCUACUGCCGCCCCGGCUGGCCAACGACAUCGCCAGGCAAGUCGGCGCCCGGGCCUUGGGCGACAGCGGGCUCUACACGGUGGACUGCGGCCUGGCCAGCAAGAACGGCAGCCUGGACUUUAACUUUGACGGCGUCACCAUCCGAGUUCCGUACAGUGAGAUGGUUCGCGAGGUUGCCGGCUUGCCCCCGAGUUGCUACCUGGGCAUCAUGCCCAGCACGUCCUUCGCGUUGCUAGGCGACACCUUCUUGCGGUCUGCGUAUGGUGAGUUUUCCCCCGUGUGCGCUGAAUAUUCGAAUUGGUGUCUAACAAAGAUGGAUCGGGGGGCAGUGCUGUUUGACAUUUCAAACAACAUGACAUACAUGGCGCCCUACGCCAACUGCGGCUCAAGGACACAAUCGAUCGAUUCGUCAACGGAUCUGACAUCGAUAGUGGGGACAUGUUCGCCGCAGCAAGUGAAUGAACUGUCGAAGCCAGUUGGUAGUGGUAGUCCGGAUGGAAACAGUGGAAACAACAACAAAGAUAACGGCGCAGGAUCAGCAAGAAUGUCCUGGAGUUGGUUUGGCGUUUUGGGAGUAUUUUCAAUGGGAGUUCUGACGCUGUGA